CGCGCCGCACGCGGACGCGCCACUAUACGCCGUCACCACCACCACCGCCCGCCGGCGCACACGACCGAGUAAGAAGUCAAGAUGGCGACCGAGGGUCAGUCCGAGUACGAGUCGGUCCUCUGUGUCAAACCCGAGGUCAGCGUUUACCGGAUCCCGCCGAGAGCAUCCAACCGGGCCAUCAGGGCUGCCGAUUGGAAGCUGGAUGCUCCUGACUGGACGGGACGCAUGCGUGUGACGGCCCGGGGAAAAGCAGCCUUUGUGAAAUUGGAAGACAAAAUCUCUGGGGAGCUGUUUGCCCAAGCCCCAGUGGAAGAGUACCCCGGCAUCACAGUGGAAACAGUUAGUGACUCAAGCCGUUACUUUGUGCUCCGCAUCCAGGAUGACAACGGCCGCAGCGCGUUCAUAGGCAUCGGGUUCGGAGACCGAGGCGAUGCCUUUGACUUCAACGUUGCUCUCCAGGACCACUUCAAGUGGGUGAAACAGGAAGAUGAGUUCAAGAAGCAGGCGCAGACCCCAGACACCACCCCUAAACUGGACCUGGGCUUCAAAGAAGGACAAACUAUCACUCUCAAUAUCGGGCAAUCAAAAAAGAGGGACAGGUCUCGCCCGCAGAGUUCGGGUGGAUUCGGGCUUCUUCCACCUCCUCCUGGGGGCAAGUUAGCCCCGCCUCCUUCAUCCAGAUCUACUAAUCAUAACACCGAGCCAUCUGCGGGAGGAAGUGACACGGGUUUUCUGCUAGAUCUGGAUGCCAGUAACUCAAACUCGGCCGACUGGGAGGCGUCAAACCCGGCCACCGCAGCCAGCUCCGACCUGUGGGGAGACUUUGACUCUGUAUCCUCGAAGUGAGAAGGGGGUACUCUCUGUUUUCCUCCCUCUCAUAUCUCUCUGUAAAGGUAUGCAGCACUUUUGGCAUUUUGUUUCCCCGUUACGGGGUCCCGUUUCUCUCCCUGCCAAGCAGGGUAAACCCCUGGAGUAGUUUGUUCUAUUUUAGUUCAGACCCUCAUGGCUUUUGGUCUGAGCCCGAGAUAUACCCGACCCUCAGUCUUAAUUUAGGCCGCCACGCUCUCCACCCCCAAUCCGUCUGUAUACCAUCAUUUUUGUUUCCAUUUUCCGGUUUGAAUACGGAAUUUGUCCAUUUCAUCUCUUCUUGUCAAUAUUUUGUUUGCCAAUUUGUAUCGUACAGUAUACAUAAUAAAAAUACAAGCAAGGGAGACAUAGUCUGAACCAUCUGAUGGUAACAUCUAAUAAAUAUGAUAGUGAAUGAGUUUACUGUACAGAUAAUAUUUAUUUUAAGUGUAUAUUUUGUCAGUAGUUUGAAAUCAUUGGUGUUGUCACCUGUGUUCUGCAGCUUAUUCUAUCUCCAAGUCCCGAGCAUUGGGACUGACUAUAUGCACUGACUAACUGUCUACUCCGUCUUUGUAGUUAGUGAUGCAUAAAGUCGACAUUUAACGCCGGGACUAUUUAAAUAGACUCCCACUGCUGCUCAAAAGUUUGGAGUCGACUAUCGUUUUUCUUCUCUCAUUCUGCAGAUGUUCAUAGAAAAUAACACACACUUGUACAGACGUCACUCUCAAACCUAUAAGCAUGAAUUUAACUGUAACAAACAAGUAUUUUUCGACAGCCAAGCUCAAAGCGUCGAAUAGCAGUGCAGGCGUAAAGAGUUUACUACACAAGGAUUUUACUUGAAAGAAGCUGAUUUACAGAUUAGCUGAGCUCUCUGGCGCUUCCCAGUGGCUCUACAGCAUCAUUUUGAGGGGAGAUAUUGAAUUGAGCUGCAGCUGUUGGAAGCAUUUUUCACUGGGGACGGGUUUUCACUUUAAAGCAUUACAAAAAUACCCGAAAGUAGGAAUGUUUGAUGCAAUGGAUGUGCGCGAAACUAAGCGAGGCAUCAAGCGCUUUGCCUCGAGGGGAAACGGAAGAUUUAGUCCUUGUUUUUUCAUCUGUGCUCAGCCCAGCUGUUAAAGCUGCGACUGGUGAGUCAUAUAGGUCACGACCUCUCUCCUCCUCACUGAAUAGGUCUGUGUUUGUGCACCGCCCCGUCUGUCUGGGGAGAGCUUCAUCUCCUUAAUCCCUUGAUAAGAAGGUGGUCAGGUCGGAGAUCUCAAACACAGCAUGUUUUACUGUACAAAAAUGUCCUUACUGCUAUUCCGAUGUAGACGAAUGCAACGUGGGACCAAGCUAGCCUGUUUGACGCUGUGUUUAUUUGUGAUUAUAUCCACGUACGGAGAGAUGGAUUAAGUUGCAGUGAUAGCCCAUGUUAUGUGAUGAUGAUGAUGCUGAUGCUGAUGGAUAUCGAUUGGAACACACAUAGAUUGUGUGAGUUUAAAGCUCUAAACAAUAUUUGUUAGUUGUUUGUUCACUGUUUAAAUUAUAUGCAUCUCUCCCAAAUGUGACUUGUUAUUCAAACUGUACAUGUGUAUGUAAAUGUAUAUGCAAAGAAAAACAUAAAGAUAUCACUCAGUGACCAUAACUUUAAUUUGUUGUUUUUUCUCCUGAACGAACAGAGCAAAAAAUAACAAAACAAUAAAGAAAUAACCCCUAA